AUGUCAAUUAUCUUCAAUUUAAUACUUGAUAUCAAUGUUGCACUGGCGAUCGAUGAACUCGAGGGUUGUAAUGGAAACAUUGACAAGUAUUUCGCAUUGCAUCCUAAUUUGGACUUCCUCCUUCCAAUGGACUCUGAUUCAGAAGAUGAAGCUGACGAUGAAGACAAAAGUAUACUAUUGAUGGCCAACUAUCAACGUCGUUCCAAGGUCAAUAAGCGGUUGGCUAAAAUGUAUAGAGUGACCCAAGAUUCAAAAAAGAUGAAAUCAGCUGCUAGAAUGAAGAGAAGAUCUCAGAGAACUACUAAAACAGUCCCAAUACAAACUAACGAUAUUCGAAAUACAUUGGAGUAUUUCAACAAUAAGCAUUCAGCACCGCUCGAAAUUGAACCAAUAAUCACUGAGAAAGACUUGAACAACGACUUUGACGAUAGUUUGAGUGCGACUCUUUACGGGUCAAUGGAUAUUUCUGACGAUACCAUAGAAUAUCCUCCAUCACCCUCUACCACUUAUACACUAAGUAUUUAUGAUUCUGCUAUUCAUGUAUGUGAACUCGAUGAAGAAUUUCAAAUGACACCAAUUGAUGUCCUCGCUGCAAGACGCUCCUUGCGUAUAUGUCUUGAGCUUGCAUCCUUGAGCAAUCUUGAACAAACUAUUCAUGGCUUGGAGUGGAUGGGUGAUGAUACCCAGCCAAUCCUACCAGACUUUACUAUGGAAAACAUCAUGAAGCUCCUUGAUGACUCUGAUUGUGAAUGCGGUGAUGCUGAGUAUGAAGACAGCGAUUCUGAAUCAAAUUCGUGGCUAAGUAUUUAA